AUGAUUUCAUCGUUUAGAAAUAGUUUCUUUGAGAUGCUUUUUUAUUUUUUUAUCUCAUUGCAUUGCUGCUGGACUGCUCUGUCUUUGUGUGUUUGCCUUGGCCCAGAUUUUAUUAAACGAAGUAGCCCCUAGACCUCAUAACAGUGGCCAUCACACAAUUGAAUCUUGCUUUACGUCACAAUUCGAGCAGCAUUUGCGUGCUGUUGUUGGUCUUCCACUUGGUGAUCCAUCUAUGAAAACUCCAGCAGCUAUCAUGUACAAUAUACUAGGUGAAGAUGAGGGAGAACCAGGUUUCCUCCGGACUCAUCAACUUAUUGGAAGGGCUUUGGGAAUCCCAGGUGCUACAGUUCAUUGGUAUGAUAAGCCAGAAAUGCGAAAACAAAGAAAGAUGGGUCAUAUCACAAUUGUUGGCUCUUCUAUGGGCAUUUUGGAAUCUCAGCUUAAAUCAAUGCUGAGGGAAGAUAUUAUGGAUGAUCAGCCUGCAGUCACACCACGUGUUGGAAUUAUAAUGGGCUCUGAUUCAGAUCUUCCUGUUAUGAAAGAUGCUGCAAAAAUCUUGAAAGAGUUUGAUGUGCCUGCUGAGGUGAGAAUAGUUUCAGCACACCGGACCCCUGAAAUGAUGUUUUCUUAUGCUUUGUCUGCUCGGGAACGAGGCAUCCAGAUUAUUAUUGCUGGGGCUGGUGGUGCAGCCCACUUGCCAGGCAUGGUAGCGGCAUUGACCCCCAUACCUGUUAUUGGUGUUCCAGUACGUGCUUCUGUGUUGGAUGGACUUGACUCCCUCUUAUCAAUUGUACAGAUGCCAAGGGGUGUUCCAGUUGCAACAGUCGCAAUAAACAAUGCCACAAAUGCAGGUUUGUUGGCAGUAAGAAUGUUAGGGGUUGGGGACGCCGACUUACAAGCAAAAAUGGUCCAAUACCAAGAGGACAGAAGAGAUGAGGUCUUGGUAAAGGGGGAGAAGCUCCAAAGAGGUGGUUGGGAAGAUUACUUGAAUGCUUGAGUUCCAACUCUUGUCUAGUCGUUUCUUUUUUGUGAAGGGUACCUUGCUCAUCAAGGUAUUCAAUUUUGGAGAAAAUUUCGCCAAGGACUGGGAAAUUAUGAGCAAUAGAUUUCAUAGCGCAGUGCAUGAAGUGCAGAUGUCCAUCAGGAGGACUGAGUGCCUGUGUAACCAAUUCUCUCUAUUUAUAAUUGCUUCUUCGGCCAAAGUGGCUAACUUUUUUGUAGUCUUAGAAUUAUGCAUCUUGUCUGGCCAGGGCGUGGAAAGUGGUAUUCAAAUGCAUCUAUGUGUAAUCUGAUUGCAUUGAUUUUAGUUCACAAACCUCAAAUUUCCAGUGAAAUAUUUGUGGAAAUCACUUUGUCUGCAAUGGUGUUGAUGAAUGCUGAAAGUAACACCAUUGCAUUUUUAUAUGUUCAUGUUGUCAAUUAUAGGGUUCAUUGACAAUCGCUUGUCAUGGUGAUUGUGCAAAUAUAAUGCGUCAUUACCGUGACGUUGCAUUGUCUGUUUAUGAUAAAGUGGAAGUCAGGUUCGGCUCC